AUGGGCCGCAUAACCUCCUCCCUCCGCCAACACCUCACCAACUGGAACAUUGACACAUUUCUCAACCCCUACAUCCCUCCGAAUCCCCUCUCCCACCUCCCCACACCCAUCUCCCAUUUCCUCGGCUACCGCUCGCACCCACCGAAAGAAGCACCCUCCAUCAUCCAAUGGCCCGUGACCUUCCUCGCCACCGUCGCCGCCCUCUGUCUCGUGUCCGGAAUUGGAAACUACGGCCCGGAGAUUCUCAAAUACCACCCACCAGUCAUCAUCGCAUCCCUGGGAGCCAGCGCCAUUCUCGAUUUCGGCGCCAUCGCCUCCCCAUUAGCACAACCCCGCAAUUCCAUUAUCGGAAAUACUCUCGCGGCUUUGUGUGGUGUUGCGAUUGCCAAACUCUUCCAACUCAGUCCGCAAUUUGAAGGUAUUAUGUGGGUUAGUGGUGCGGUGGGAUGUGCCGUCGCGGGAUUGGUGAUGAGUGUUACGGGAACGGUGCAUCCUCCGGGUGGCGCGACGGCUGUGUUGGCGAGUACGGAGAUGCAUGUGCUUGCUAUGGGAUGGCCGUAUGUGGGGAUUGUGUUGAUGGAUAGUACGUUGAUGGUGUGUGUUGCGUUGCUGUUCAAUAAUGUCUUUCGGAGGUAUCCCUUGUAUUGGUGGACUCCGGGGAGUGUGGGCGGGAAAUUAAGGGAGGAACGKGCUGAGAAGGCUGAGAUGGAAGUUGAAGAGAUGGAGAAGAAGAAUGAGAAUGGUGGGGAUGAGGAAAAGGGUAAAGUGGGCAGUGAUACUAGUUCGGAUAGGACGUUGAAGAGGGAACUUUCCCAUCGCGUGGAGGUUGUGGAGGGGUUGGAGGGUAUUCUUGUCAAGUCUCAUUCGAUUCAGGUCCCGAAGCAUGCGAGGUUGAGUGAGGAGGAGGUGGCCGUGUUGAGUCGCAUUCAGGAGCGGUUGAGGGUUCGGAUGGAGUGA